GCCAUUUUCACUAAUUUCCUCGUUUCUCCCCUCGGCUGCGUGACACACUCUCUCUCUCUCACUCUUCUAAACUCCUAAGUCUACACUUUGCUUCUUGAUUAGUUGAGUUCAUCCAUUGCUCUCGUCUACCGUCUGCACAGUUCCAGCCGUCUCCCGCCUCUCCCGAACUCUGCGGUCUGCACUUUGCUAUGUUACUAUGUUAACAUUUUCUCCCAGGGAUCUUUAGCUGGUUGUUCUAUUUUUUGCUCUGAUUUAUAAGCAAGAUGGCUUGCUCUGUUUCCACUGCCAUGAAGAGAACUAGUGAAUGACUGACAGAGCAGUGAUGGUCGAGGAGAUUGUGGAUUAUGUGAAGUUCCUGAGACUUCAAGUGAAGGUGUUGAGCAUGAGUAGAUUGGGAGGGGCUGGUGCUGUGGCACCUUAUGUGACAGAUACCCCUCUAUCAUCAAUAGAGGAUAUUAUUCAUCAAGCAAUGGAAAAUCAAGAAACGUUAUUGACAACGAGGAAGUCUUCAUUUGAGGUAGAAUUGGAAGCGAAGCGUAAAUUGGUGGAAGAACUAGACAUCAAGCAACGAGAGAAAUUGUCACAUUUAAUGUUUUAGUGUAUGAUUCAAAAAUUUGUAAUGAAAUUAUCAAUUUUAUGCAAUUCAAAAAUUUGUGUAUUUGAAUUUA